AUGGACUUUCCUAUUAUCUCCUUGAAACACUUCUCCUCCCAAUUUGACGAAAUUUCCGAGAAUAUUUUCAAGGCCAGCCAAGAAUGGGGUCGGAUGUUUGACCAGGCGCGUGACUUCUUUGACCUUCCGAUUGAUAUCAAGUCUAAGAAGAUACUGAAUGAAGAUCCGGUCGGAUAUGAUGGCCAUACAGCUACCACGUUCGCUGCUUCAGAAGGCAUGUCCUUUGGACUUCCUGCUGGACAACUAUCUAAAAGUGACAACAUUCACUCCUGGUGGGAUAGAGAAAGGCUGGCUGAGACUGAAGCCUUCAAGGCUCAGUGUAACGAUUUGAAUCUCAUGAUGUUGUCGUGCUUCGCUGUUCAUAUGGGUCUUCCGAAAGACUUCUUCGAGGCUUCCCACAGUCAAGCAUUGCCAGGGAACACAUUCAAACUCAUCAAAUACCCCAAAAUGGAAGAGCAGCCACGAGACUUGAUUCCUCGGUUAUCCGAGCACACUGACUGGGGAAGCCUCACUCUGCUAUUCACAGAAUCACCAGGCCUAGAGGUUCGUGACCCCAGCAAUCAAUGGCACGAAGUACCUGUCAUUCCUGGCGCAAUUACCGUCAAUAUCGGUGACGCUCUUUCUCUUUGGACCGGAAAGCAGCUCAAAUCUACUAUGCACCGUAUUUCUUGGGAAAAGUUGCCAAGAGAUCAGGACCGUUACAGUAUGCCUUACUUUGUGCACCCAAAUCUCGAUACCAAUCUUCGGCUCAGUGCACUCCCCAAUGAUGCUAAUGGCCAACCACUUAAACAUAGGGAUUACUUCAAAGUCCGCCUUAGACUGACCUGGGGUAGUGUGGAACAAAAGGAUGCCACAAAAGUCUUUGGCGAUGUCGACAGCAAGACAUUCAAGUAUCUAAGCACGCUGGGUGUGGCAAACGCGGGUAUUCUAGAGUCGCACACGGUGAAUCUAUGA